AUGGUAUAUAGUGGGAAGCCUAGUACUGGCUGUUACUUGUGUCGGCGCCGCAAGAUCAAGUGUGACGAAGGUCGGCCCGGGUGCAAGAACUGCGAGAUCUACGGCAAAGAAUGUCCCGGAUAUCGGCCGGCUAUUGUCUUUGAAGACAGGGGAUAUUCGAAAUGGAAACUGCUGGCCAACGGUAUCAACAACGGCAAUAUUGAUGCUGCUGGCGCUGCUGCCGGAUUGGCAUUAGUACCCAACCCCCGAUGGCUCGCGGAUGCCAGCGUGGAAGACCGCGCCUUGUGCUAUUUCUUCGAUCAAUAUACAACCAAAAAGACUCCGGAUGGGAUCCCCGGCGCCCUGGAAUCGAUCCCCCUGCUGUAUGUGCUGUGUCGCGAAAACGAAGUCGCGGGGAGUCCGUCGUCGUGUCUCAGAUGGGCCGUGGAAGCUGCUGCGCUGACCUCUUUCGCGCACGGGGCGAAUGACCGGCGCCUGGAUCUGGUGGCUAGAGAGAGAUAUGUCAUGGCGUUGCAUGGGCUGAACAAGGCGCUGUCGACCCCGGUAGAGAAUGUGCAGGAUGCCACUUUGGCGGCGAUUUUGCUCCUAGUAAUCUUUGAGGACAUCAAUGGCGAGAGACCGGAGCUUGUGAGCUCGCAUACUGCGGGUCUUGAAUUGGUCGCGCGGCUCCAUACGUACAGGAGACUCGAUGGCAAGUAUAGUCGAUGUCUCUUUAAUUUCGCCUAUGUUCAGCUACAAAUCCAAAUUAUAGGCCUCGGAGGUCGGCCACAACUAAACCUGCAAUUCUUGGUUGAUCUUCUCGACAGCUCCGAUCCCUUGCAAAGCCUGAUGGUUAUUACCACUAAACUGAGUCAGUUCGUCGUCGAUGUGCCGGCUCUACGUGGCGACGACGACGAUUACCACGUCAACUCCGGGGAAUACACCUUGGAGGAUCUUACUAGCUUUUAUUUACACGCGCAGUCGCUAGAUGAGGAACUCAGCCAGUGGUGUCAGAGCAUACCGGAGCUAUGGCUGCCUCGGAUUGUCUAUUCUACGACGGGGGACACAGUCAUCACAUAUCCGAGCAUAUCGGCGGGCUCGCUCUGGAACUUCUACCGGUGCGCUCGCAUGAUUAUUCGGGGCAUGAUCGCUGCUCUCACCGAGGAUAUCAUGACAAUGCAACCCAUGCUCGGCCAGGAUGAUAACGACAGCAGCUGGCUACUCCUGGCGUCUCCGACCCAGAGCACACACUCCGACAUCGUGCAGAACAUGAUUGGCGACAUAUGCAGAAGCAUACCUUUUCUUCUUGGCGAUAUCGACUCGAGCGGCCGGGCUUCCACCGCGAACCCGGCGGACUGCAGCCCGCGGUUAAAGGCAAUUGAGGGCUACGAGAUGCUCUGGCCGUUCUGGCAUGUGCUCCAGUCGCGGUUUUCGACGCUGAAACAGCGCAUGCAGGCGCAGGAAGCGCUGCGCCGGCUGGACCAGGACUUUGGGAUCAAGCUGGCGUCGAAGCUAGCGGAUAUCGAUGUAUGCAUAAUGUUGGAGGGAGAUAAAAGAGUGGAGGGCGCCGAGGCUCGAUGGCCGCUUGCGUCAUGGGCUCAGGGCGGAUGCUCGGAUGCUUCGGCCUUUCGACCUCGCAGCUCUGCCUGUAGACAAUCGACAGAAUCGCGUCUCUCGGCCUGCCACUUCCGAGUUGGGUUGUUCUCUUCGUCUCGCUGGCUGUUUGUGCGGAUAGUCAAUUGGAGGCGCGGUGCCGGAGUCAACCUGCGCUGUGCUCUGGGUGGUAUUAUCGCUUGUGGCCCAACGCACACGGCCGUCACUCCUCUCGACCUGGUAAAAUGCCGCCGCCAGGUCGAUCCCAGCAUCUACAAAUCAAACGUGUCCGCCUGGCGAUCCAUCUUUGCCAAAGAAGGCGUCCGCGGAGUCUUCUUUGGUUGGGCACCCACUUUCGUGGGUUACUCCUUCCAGGGCGCUGGUAAAUACGGCUUGUACGAAGUAUUCAAAUACUGGUAUGGCGAGCAGCUGUUCCCAAACACGAAUCGCACGCUCGUGUUCCUUGGCGCCAGUGCCAGUGCCGAAUUCUUCGCCGAUAUGGCGCUCUGCCCAUUCGAGGCUAUCAAAGUUCGCAUGCAGACUACUUUGCCGCCCUAUGCACACACCCUCCGCGAGGGCUGGAAGACAGCCGUGGCCAAGGAAGGGUUGGGUAGUCUGUAUAAGGGCUUGUACCCCCUCUGGGCCCGACAGAUUCCUUACACUAUGACCAAGUUCGCGACUUUUGAGGAGGCUGUCAACCUGAUCUACAGAAACCUGGGCGGCCCCAAGGAAAGCUAUGGCCGCUUGACACAGACCGGUGUUAGUUUUGCGGGUGGCUAUCUGGCUGGUAUUCUCUGCGCUAUUGUUAGCCAUCCGGCUGAUGUGAUGGUAAGCAAGUUGAACGCAGAAAGGAAGGCCGGCGAGGGCGCAAUGACUGCCGUGUCUCGUAUCUACGGUAAAAUCGGCUUCGCUGGCUUGUGGAACGGGUUGCCCGUCAGAAUUGCCAUGUUGGGAACUUUGACUGGCUUCCAGUGGUUGAUCUACGACUCUUUCAAGGUCUUCUUGGGUCUUCCUACCACCGGCGGUCAUUAG